AUGGCUGCAAUCGAUAAAGUUAAGAUUAUUGUUGUCGGCGAUUCUGGUGUUGGAAAAACAUCGUUGACGCAUUUAAUAUGUCAGCAACAACCUAUUAAUAAUCCUUCAUGGACUAUAGGUUGUUCAGUAGAAGUUAAAUUACAUGAAUAUAAAGAAGGAACUCCUAAUCAGAGGAGGUACUUUAUUGAAUUAUGGGAUGUUGGUGGAAGUCAGAAUCACAAAAAUACAAGAUCUGUCUUUUAUAAUCCUACAAAUGGUAUCAUAUUAGUCCAUGAUUUAACAAACAGAAAGUCACAGCAGAAUCUUCAAAAAUGGCUUGAAGAAGUUCUGAGUAAAGAUAGUAAUUAUAUGAAAUCAAAGCCAUUUGAUGAUUUUGAUCCAGAAAAAUUUGUAGGGUCCACUCAGAUACCAAUUUUAGUUAUUGGUACUAAAUUAGACCUAGUUGCAGAAGUGAGAUCAAGUGUCCAUAGACGUUCUUCAACUAUUGCAGAGGAAUGUGGUGCUGAUGAAAUAUUUUUGGAUUGCCGUCAAGUGAGAUCCCUAGCUGCUGGUUCUAGCUCAUCUGUUAAAUUGAGCAGGUUUUUUGAUAAAGUUAUUGAGAGACGCUAUUAUUCAUCAAGAGAAGGAAUCAGCCCUGACAAACGAAGACUGCCAAUAUAUAAUGCUCCAUAUAGCUCAAAAAUAUAUCAUAAUGAUUGA